UAUGCGCAUGCGCAAUGUAAAUAAUGGUAAGAUGGCGGAAGCAACACCCAGUGCUAGCGGAGAAGAAUAUCCUUGGAAAAGACUAAAUGUAUCUGUACAAGAUGCUGAUACCCUUCGACAAGAGGCGGUUGAAGCGCAUCAUGACCAUUUGAUCACAGAAAUUGAAACGUCUGAAGGACCUCUGGCUACGACACUGAGGGCAGUUUAUGAUGGAGAUGAAAUUGACUACUUUAUGGAAAAGCUUGAUGGCCGCAUCAAGAGCCAUGAUCAUGAAAUUGAACGAAUGUGCAACUAUCAUUACCAAGGAUUCAUAGAUUCAAUCAGAGAACUCCAACAAGUCAGUGGGGAUGCCACCAAAUUGAAGGGUGAAAUUCAAGGGCUAAAUCGUGAGUUACAAACUUCUUGUGACCCUUUGCUGAGUGCUGGAGAUGAAUUGGUAAAGUGCAGAAAAGUGCAGAAAAAUGUGACUCAAGCUAUUGAAAGUCUGUCUCUGUGUCUACCAGUUUUAGAAAUGUAUGGAAAACUCCAAGAGCAAAUGAAGAGCAAAAGGUAUUACCCAGCUCUGAAAACUCUAGAGCAGCUUGAACACACCUAUCUUCCACGAGUGAUAAACCAUUGGUUUUCUCAAACAAUGGCUGAUGCGAUUCCAAAAUUGCGAGAGCGCAUCAAGGAAGCCUCAAUGACUGAACUUAAAGACUUCUUGGAGAGUAUUCGCAAACACUCUGCCAAGAUUGGAGAAGUGGCCAUGAGACAUGCUGCAGAGCAAAACAACAUGGAUCCGACGAUUGCAAAGAAAAAAGUGAAGAAACGAAGAGCACCAGCACCACCAAAUCCUUUCACAGGAGAGAUUGACUAUGAACCUCCUCGUCCCCCGAGUGAUGGUGAAGAUGCUGAAGAGGAGCUGAGUGCCCAAGAUCUUGUGGACUUUUCACCUGUGUACAGGUGUUUGCAUAUAUACACUGUUCUGGGUGACAAAGAAAAAUUUGAAACUUACUACCGUUCACAACGCUGGAAGCAAGCUCGGCUCUCUCUGCAGCCCCCAUCAAACAUGCAUGAAAGUAUAGACCUUUUCAAAAGAUACUUUCACGACAUAAUUGGGUUCUUUGUUGUGGAAGACCACAUUCUGCACACCACUCAGGGUUUGGUCACUCGCUCUCACAUGGAUGAGUUGUGGGAGAAAGCUGUGGAAAAGAUUAGCGCCACUCUCCGCUCCACUUCGGCUAGACUGGCUUCUGACCCAUGCAGGGGUCUGGAGGAGAAACAGUUUGACCAUUUUCAUCUGAAGGUAGAUUCUCUGGGAAAUCAAACUGUUCCCAAUGAUAGUCAGUCUCCAGAAGAUGAGGAGGAUGAAGAAGAUGAUGAGGAUGAGCAAUCCUGUAAAGUAGCAAGUCUAAUGCUGGAGGUGAAGAAACUCAUUGUCCUCUUCUGUCACACUCUGAAGGGCUACGGUUUCAGUGUUGGCAGGUUAUUGGAGCUUCUCUUGGAAAUGAGAGAUAGAUACAGUGAGAUCCUUUCAGAGCAGUGGGUAGAGGUAUUCAAUGAUAUUUUUGCUGAAGAUAACUACACACCAAUAUUCUGUGAUUCUCCUGAUGACUACACCAUCAUCACUAGUCAAUUUCCAUACAGAGAUAAGGACUUGGAACAGUCUGACUACCCCAGGCAGUUUCCGUUCUCCCAGUUUGUGCCCAGUAUAUAUGUUCAGGUCAAGGAGUACAUCAAUGCCUGCCUCAAAUUUUCUGCUGACUUGCAUUUGAGCCACACUGAAAUUGAUGAUAUGAUAAGAAAGUCAGCCAACCAGUUGCUGACAAAGACUCUUGGCGGCUGUCUGUCCUCCCUGAUCAAGAAGCCAAACUUGAGUUUGUUACAGUUGAUUCAAAUAUCCAUUAACAUGAACUAUCUGGAAAAGUCCUGCGAGUAUUUAGAGGAGUACAUCUCCAGUAUCACAGGUGCUGAAAAAGACAGUGUCCAUAUAGCCAGGUUGCAUGGGUCAUCAAUGUUCAAGGAUGCCCGAAGUGAUGCAGAGCAGCACAUAUAUGAACAGUUAAAUCUGAAGAUUGAUGAGUUUUUAGAUUUGGCCUCGUAUGACUGGACCGUUCAGGAGUCCCGGGGCCAGGCCAGUAGUUACCUCAUGGACCUGGUGGCAUUCCUGCAGAGUACAUUUAUGUCUUUCACCAACUUGCCUGUUUUCCAUACAUCUUGGGCAAAAUAUGUUGAGAAAGUGGCCAAAACUGCUUGCAUGUCAGCAUGCCAACACAUAGCGUCGAGACUGAUGGCUCUGCUGCAGGACAAUGAUAUCAGGCAGUUGUCGAUGGGUGCCUUGCAGCAAUUCAACCUGGAUGUUAUGCAGUGUGAACAAUUUGCAGCUUCAGAGCCUGUACCGGACUCAAAUGAUGGAACGCUUCAGAUGGCUUUUACAGACCUGAGACAGCUUCUUGACUUGUUCAUUAACUGGGAUUGGUCGGUGUACCUAGCAGACUUUGGCAAGCAGCAGGCACGGUAUCUGCGGGUGCCUCGACACACAGCGAUCAGCUUGUUGGAGAAAUUGAACAAUGCUGACAAGAAGAAGAACAAUUUGCUGCAGUCUUUGAAAAAGAACGAAAGAGAAAAGAAAAAGCUGAUAGACACAGUCUUGAAACAACUGAAAGUCCUUGAGAAUGGGACUACUUAAUACUGAUGUCCUGUGAGCGGAAAUGUUAACUUGACUGCGCCAGUAAUGAAAUGUCGGCAAAAUAUAUUUUGGCUGUACACCUUGGGGACACUGUUGGUUUUCAUGUCUUUUUCCUCUUAUUUGCAUACCUGAAAACUUUUUGUCACAACACAGAAUAUUUGGCGUCCACCUUACCUCCAAAUCCCUGCUGCUUUGGAAAUAAUUUAAUUGCAUUUCUUGUACACUCUUUUUUUUCUUUUGCAGUGCUAUUGAAAGGCGUGACAAUUAAGAAUAGUAAAAAAACUGAUCUGUUAGAUGUUAGUAUUAAAUCUGUUAAAAAAUGAGUGGGAUGUAUACAACAACCUCCCCGAGAAGAAAAAUGGCAUGAACAUAAAAUGUCUCAUGUACAUUUUGUUGGUCUAAAGAUGUUUAGAGAGCUUAUGACUUUCUUUGUUCUGUGUUUGGAUGGAAGGCUGUUAGGUGAAAAUAAUGCAAAUUCUUAUAUAGAAUUUUCAUAUCAGGCCUGCUACACGACAGUAUUACCUUCAUUGGAAAAAAUCAAGUUAGAAGAAGUAAAAGGAUAUGGUAGUAAGCAUUUCAUUAUAAUUUCAUGGAAAGGGUGGAAGAGAACAUGAAUGGUCUUGAAAUCUUCUAGUGGUCAACUUUUAGCUCUGAGAUGAGGAUUCUGGGCUGAGGCAGAUUUUGUUGCUACAGUUUGUUGUGAUUUCCCAGUGAAGGUUGUCAUUUUAAUGCCAGUUUCUACCAAGCCAAGAUAAUGAGGAAAAGGAUAAGUAGCUUUGGCCACUUCUUUUCGUAUACGGCCUUUUAUGAUGGAAAUUUAACCAUCAAUAGUAUUGAAUAAAAUUUCCUCAUGAUAUUAUAUUUUGUUAAACAUAUUGAUCAAGCAUAAGUCGUGAAGUUGUUUUUACCCUGCAUAAUGACUGAUUUCUAUUGUAAAACAGAUUGAGCUGAUGAAAUUUUUCUUUCCUCGUUUAUUCAUUUGUUGCCUAGACUUCUCCUGUAUGAAGCACUCCUCCUUGUUAUGGCCUCAGGAAAGACAUUUCGUGAAACCCUUCAGUUCUACACUCAGUUACACGGAGACUUUGUAAACAUUUAUACAUAUUUAAGAGGUGUCUUUAGUUACCUCCAUGUGAUGCUUUAGGAAGAUUACAAAAGUGGAAUUUUUUAGAACAAUUUGUAGUAAAUAUAUAGAUCGCUCACUUGACUAUAUUUGAAAUGCUAGUUUUUACAAAACCAAAACAAAGUUGAAAUUACAGGCCUGCCCCCCUCCCCUGCACUCCCAUACUGCAUACUUAUGUAAUCCUCAUGGUAAAAGAGUAUGUAAUCACUGAUUAUUAAUCAGUCAGUAAUGUUACAUUGUCUUUCAUCCUUGUUGCUGUGUUACUGUCAAAAAUACUUGCAUUUUCUAUGUGCUGAAUCAUGUAAAAAUAAUGACUUAGCCAGUGAUUUUUUUCUACCGAAUUAAUGGUUUGUCCUUGUUUUAUAAAUUGUUCCUUUGAAUUUUUCUCUAAACCUACGAUGAAAGUAGUUGAAGUUUGCUAUUCAAGAUGAUGUUUGAUUUGGUAACUACAGUAAACAGAUAUUGGAUUUUAUAUGACAGAUUUUUUUCCUAUGGGCAUGUAUUAGUACUAUUACAUACAGCUUUUGGUGAAAUCUGUUUUGAAUUAAAUUAAAGGAAACUACUACUCAUAACAUCAAUUGUGAACAAUGGACAUCAUAAAAAUGUUAUAAUUCCUUGCACGGGAUUGCACUUUCCCUGAGGCUAUGAGGUCAUGUCAUUGUGUUAAUCAAAGCUCUUUCAAUGGUCAAUCAUCUGCUAACUGUGCAGUCUUGUCUGCUGUAUUUCAUUAUAUGGUAAAUGCUUCUUAGGUCUGUUGUCUUAUAUCUUGCUUGUUGGGGCUGUAUAUUUUUAAACCAUUGAUUCUGGUCUGUCAUGUUUACAGUGUUCAUGAGAGUUUUGAAUUAGAUGUACAUGAUCUGAGUAAUAACAAAGUAGAUGUUCUCUUUAUGAAUGUAUGAUGACAUUCAAUACUAGUCAUUUUAAGAAAUAUGCUCCAUUAAAAAAGCCAUUACGUGAAAUGAGGAGUUUUUUUGUAGUUUGGUUUGAAUCUUGUGCAUUUUCAGUAUAAUAAUAUAUGUGCAAUGUUUCAAAACAGAAAAUUAUCCCAUGUAGAGAGUUACCUUGACUUAUUCACAAAAGACUAAAGAUGAAUCUGACUUUUUUUCAAAUGCCUGAGAAUUAUAUUUAGCUCAUUCAGCGCUGAAGGAAUUUUAUCAUUUGAGUCCUGUGCAGAGCAUUUUUGCUGCAUGUUGAGCACAGGCUAUAUCAGCUGAGCCCUUACUGCAGAUGGUCAGAUGGGUAAGCAUAUUCACAUAUAUGUACGUGUGAUUGGUGUUGGACCGUGUGAUUCACUUGCUCUGUGCCAGAGUUCUUGUCUGUACCCUGUAAAUCAGAUAAAUUUGGAAAAUGCAGAAAAAUCUAAAACUGUGUUUUCGGUUUACCAUUGUAAACUUUGAAAGUUUUUAAAGAUCAUUCUCGUAGAAGAUUGGUCUGUGGCCGGUUGUUGCUUAAUGUCAAGUUUUUGUCAUUUGGAUGAUUGCUGCUAAGUGAAAUUGUACUUUUCAAAGUUUAAAUUUAGAGAUUAAAGUACUGAGUGAAUUCAUUAAUGAAGUCUGUAUGUUAACAGGGGAUCUUCUGUACUAAUGUAUAUUCCACAAGUAGUUAUAUGUCUUUCUACACAAGAUUAACUCUUCGUUCAUAAUGUUGUCUUGAUCAUGAGUGGUCCAGGAGGUCACCAGCAAGGCAGUAUAAAUGUGCAAUAUGCAAUACUCAUGUUCUUGCUUAGCCAUGUUGAUACCAUUCUGUGUUGCUUUAGAAAGUUUUGGUGCUGCUUUUUAUGCUCCAACAAUCUUGUGGGUAUGCGAUGUAUUUGUGAGGCACUGAGUGAUUUUUGAGGUUUCUCCUCCACCCCAUUCCCAGGGAUGUACGUGUAUUGUCUACUGAAUGCUCUGUCCUGAUGAAUAAUAAUAGGUCGAGUACCUGCCAGUUAUUUUACUAGUGUGGUGAUGGAAUUUUACAUUUUUGUUAUUGGUUUGUGUUUACUAUGGCCCAAUGUGUGCCUUGACUUACUUUCCUUUAUGUUCUGGUGAAUGUGACUUAAGUGUAUAAAUCCGACCAGCUGAGCUCAACUUUCUGGAAGUGGGAGUUAGUUCUUGGAUCAUGUUGUGCUUCUCAUAUAGUGAGCUCAAUUUGUGUAUAGCCACUGGUCGCUCUUACUUUUCCCUGUCCCUCUGUAUUUUCUGUCUGUUAUCUUACUUUUUGACCCCCUUUGCAGUGUUCUCGGUUUGUAUAUUGGAAAAGUCAAGCCGCAUGUAGUGUUUUGUUUUUUCUGUUUGAGUACUUUAAAACUGAUGGGUUUUUUAAAUCUUAGUGUUAGGAAAGCUACUGUGUGCAGUUAGUGUAUUUGUUGAGGUUUAGAUUUUUUUUAAUGAUGAUGUUUGCGUGGACCCACAGAACUUUUUCAUGCAGUUUUCAUGUCUUUUUGAUAGUGGCUCAAUCCUGUAAUAGACACAUUUGAAUGCAGAUGGCGCCUUCUGUGGAACCAGACUGCUGAAAACAUGUCAAGCAGACAUUGGGAAGUUCAAAACCGGUUCACAUACCCUUUUCCUGGGAUCUUAUUAGUAACUUACAAAAGUUAUUAAGGAUUUAUUCAUAUAUGCAGCUGACAUAUCGAGAGAGCUGAUGACAUAUGUUUGACUUUGUGAUAUCCUUCCAUUUCAAUGCCAUUGUGAAAAUACUUUUUAAAACUCAGAAUUAUCAGACAGUCAGUGGUUUCUUGUCUCUAUAUAAUUUUUUCCUCAAGGAUACAUAAUUUAUUGGCCAACUGUUUAGAUGUAGUCUACUUCACUCAAAGUUUUGAAAUAAAAAAUAAAACAAAUUUUAGUUUCUAAAUCAAUGGUAUUGGUUUCAUGUGCUCACGAAAUAUUUUGUCAAAAUUCAUAUUCUAAAUGUUGAAAAAAAAAAGCAAGAAAAAGUACCCAAUGUAGGUACAUUCAUGAAAAGAAUCUUUCUCUCUCCUGAAAAAUUUUUCUUUCUGGGCUUUGAGCACGUGCUGCUGUUGGUCUUGUGAAAUCAAGUCAGUUUAUUGUUACACUUUACAAUGUGAGAGAGAGAGAGAGCAAGCAGCACUCUCGGAGGGGGGCAAGAGAAAUAAAUAUACUAAUCUUUCUAGUCUGCUUCCUGUCAUUCAAUUGUCUUGGCUGAUACUAAAUCAGUUUGCCGAUUUGUUGGGUUUAUUUUUUAAAAAUAAGCUUUUCUCCUAUUCGUUUUUUUCUCUCAAAACCAAUCUAAGAUUGAAUUUGGCGGUUCCCAUAGUUAGGACAACCAUCUUUUCUAAUGUCUUCUCCACAGUCAUAAUAUGUGUGGCAUCAUGGUGAAAUCAGGCGCUCGUCAAAAUAAGGAAAUUGAAGAAACUGACAUUUUUUUCGCCUGCCGACCAGUUCUAUCGAUCAUUUUAAAAAUGAUUUUUAGUAGAUUUUUACUUAAAAGCGUUGAUCAAAGACACAAAGAAAAAUUGUUAAUUUGCAGUUUCCAAGGAUGCUCAAGCUUUGGAAGUCACCAAACUUUGACAGCCACUUUGUCACUAAUUUAGCUCUGACCCCAGGCUACCUCCACCUCCUUCAAUAAAGAAUAUCUUGACUUUUAUUCAAGAUAGAUAUAGGUAUUAAAAAAAAAAAAUCAAAAGCAGAUCAAAUGAACAGGCUUUAAGAUGAUUCCAAGAAUUCCAUUUGCCUGAAAUUGAUGAGCACCCGAUUCUACCAUGUCGUGACACAUAUAUGUCAAUACUAACUAAAACGAAAACUCCCAACUAGAAACAAGCCCACAUUGAACAAACAACAUCAGAUCGGCAAGAUAUAGACAGUUGCCUUUUUAAUGUCAAGUUCUAAAAGACCUGUUGUUUUCUAUGCAAGCGAUAGUUACUAACUAACUUGAUAUCCUAGUGAUGUUUACAUAUAUUUAUGGCUGUGUUAGUCUGUGCUCUUAAUUGUACAUAAACAUAUGUGGAUGAGUGAGUUGGUUCCUGGCUACUGAGAGCUGAAUAGGUUGCAUUUGUUUGUGAAUUUCGGUCUCUUGUGCCGGGACCUGGGUGUGACAUUCCAGAGUGAAAGUGAGAGGCGUAUUUAUUUAAUGUUGGCAGACGGUUGUCCAAGAGUCACACUUAUGAUCACGCGGCUCUUUCUCGUACUUAAUUUUUGUAAGCGUUGUAACUGCAUACUUUAUAUUCCAUGUGAUAGUAACAAUAGCUCUGUUCAAUAUUUUUGUCUUUUUCCGCCAAUGAUGCAAUGUUUGAACCUCUGGGUUUUUGGAAGUGCUGAGAGUGAGAACAAUCAAACAGUAUUUAUCAGAGGAAUGUGAUGUGAAUGAAAAGAAUGGAUGCAUUUGCAUAUUGUUGUGUGUGAUGAAACUUUGCUUCCAGUGCAUUCUUUUUUGCCAUAUAAUGCUCUCUUAUCUUCAACUGACUGUAGAUUCCCUCAGUCUUGCUUAUUCACUUACAUUGGCUAGACUUGCAUACUCACAUGUACAUAAGUAUUUGCACUGUUAUUGCAAAUGUAAAAAAAAAACAUUUUAAAUGAAUCAAUGUAAAUACAUCAUAUUUAUCAGAAAG